UCCUACUUACAGAGAAAUGAGGUAAGUAAUUUCCUUUUCGAAAUGCAUAUCUACCGAAUCAAAUUACUUAUUUACUACUAGGGCUCUCUAAAUAGGUCCAACACAUAAGCUUAGAGCUUAUCACACAAUGAAAGCCUCAGCAAAUAUAAUUAAUUGAGGGCAGUAAAUUAAUACCAAGUAAUUAAGUGAAAGGGAUAUCCUUGCUAUCAUAAACAUUCGGCUGAGCCAACAAUGAAAUGCCACUUCACCAUCACCAUUAACAAGAACAGACCAGCAACUCAACAGCACACACCAAAGCUACAAAAUAUUAAACAAACAAUUUUGCCUAACAUCCAGGGAAUUAAAUCCAAUAUUUAAUCAUAAAUUAAUGCCGGCUCUCACCCAGCUCACCCCCCCAUAGGCAGGAAAAAAAAAAAAAAACUUUGCCAUUGUCGACCUUAUUUGUACCUUUCCAUCUUCCCCUAAUCUAAUUCUUUCACCGCACCCACCUAAUCUAACACCAUUUUCAAUCCCUCCAUUUUCUUCAUCAACCAAAAAAACCCAACUCAUUUCUUAUCAAAUGGUUCGCAUUAACAAAGCCUAUGAUCUUAAUCACUGGCUUUUGGUGCUAUUUUUCUUAGCACAACUAUGUAUUUUUGUGUCAUCUUCUGACCCCUCAGAAAUCCAAACCCUAUUGAAAUUCAAGUCCUUUUUGUCCAAUGACACAGCUCUAGACAACUGGAACAACUCCACCAACCCCUGCAAUGGCACCGCAAACAUUUGGGCAGGCUUGUACUGUGACAAAAAUGGCAAUGUGUACGGGUUGAAGUUGCAGAACAUGGGUCUCAUGGGCAUAAUUGAUAUCGACACCCUUUCGGGUUUGUCUGCCCUUCGAAGCAUAAGCAUCAUGAACAACAACUUUGAAGGUCCUCUGCCUAGUUUGAACAAGCUUGGUGCACUCAUAGGAGUUUACUUGUCCAACAAUCAAUUCACUGGUGAAAUGCAAGAUAAUGCCUUUGAGGGCAUGAGUUCUUUGAAGAAAAUUUAUUUGGAUGGCAAUGAAUUCUCUGGAAAAAUACCAAAGUCCCUGGCUGCAUUGAGCAAGCUUUCGGAAUUGGGUCUCCAGGGGAACCAGUUCAGUGGGAAGAUACCAAAUUUUGCGCAAAGUCCAAAUGGAUGGAAGUAUUUCAAUAUAUCAAACAACAGGUUUGAGGGUCGAAUACCUGCAAGCCUGAGCAAUUUAGAAGCAAGCGCUUUCACUGGUAACCUAGGCCUAUGUGGAAAGCCUCUGGCCCCAUGCAAGUCCUCAAAGAAAAAAAUCCUCCUCAUCAUAGCCAUCGUAGUUGUCUCAAUUGCUGCAAUACUGUGCACCAUUGUAGCAAUUCUCUUUAUACGACGUCGUAGUGCUAAAUCAAAGCAAGAAGCAAGAGCCCAGAAGAAGCUAAAAGCCCAACACCACACAGCUGCAACGGAGGUCCAGUUAACAGCUGAUGAAGACAACUACAAGAAGGCUGAGAAAGGAGGGGAGUUGUAUUUUGUGAGGAAGGACAGAGGGUUUGAGCUGGAAGAGUUGCUGAGGGCCCCAGCUGAGGUCUUGGGCAGUGGGAGUUUUGGGUCAUCUUACAAGGCAGGGCUCUUGAGUGGGUCCAUGGUUGUGAAGAGGUUUAGGCAAAUAAACCAAGUUGGGAAAGAGGACUUCUAUGAUCACAUGAGAAGGCUAGGGAGACUUUCACACCCUAAUUUGCUCCCACUUGUUGCUUUCUAUUAUAGGAAAGAAGAGAAGCUCUUGGUUCAUGAUUUUGUUGCCAAUGGAAGCUUGGCCAGUCAUCUCCAUGUAAAGCGAGAACCUGGACAGCCAGGACUGGAUUGGCCAACUAGGUUGAUGAUCAUCAAAGGAGUAUCAAGGGGCUUAGGCUACCUAUACAAAGAGUUCCCCGGCCUAACAGUACCCCAUGGCCACCUCAAGUCCUCCAAUGUCCUCCUCGACCACAACUUCAACCCCCUCAUAGCAGAAUAUGCCCUAAUACCAGUGAUCAACAGAGACCAUGCCCAAAAGUUCAUGGUGGCCUACAAGUCCCCAGAGUUCUCCCACAUGGAACAAACCUCGAAAAAGACCGAUGUGUGGAGCCUGGGCAUACUCAUCUUUGAAAUGCUGACAGGAAAAUUCCCAGCAAACUAUUUGCAGCAGGGCAAGAGGGCAAAUGCAGACCUAGCAGCUUGGGUGAACUCAGUGGUGAGAGAAGAGUGGACAGGAGAAGUGUUUGAUAAGAACAUGAAAGGGACCAAGAAUGGGGAGGGGGAGAUGCUGAAGCUUUUAAAGAUUGGGAUGUGUUGCUGUGAGAGCAGUGUGGAGGGAAGAUGGGAUUGGAGAGAAGUUGUAGACAAGAUUGAAGAGUUGAAGGAGAGGGACAGUGAGGAAGAAUAUUCUUCUUAUGCUAGUGAUGGGGAUAUGGGCUCUUCUAGGGCAAUGACUGAUGAUGAUUUCUCUUUCUCAGUUAAUGCUUGAGUUUGGGGCUUGGCUUGGGAGGGGGGGAUACUAAAUAUAUGUUGUAUAAUCAAGUUAAUUUAGGAGGGUUUGAAUGCUUUUGCACUAUGUGUUUUUUGGUAAAUACAUUUGCACCAUAUAUAUAUAUAUAUAUAUGUUGCUAAUUUAAGGCACACAAUAAGUAACAAUGGCCGAAAGGAGGAGGAAAAACGAGUUCAAUCCGUCCCAAAUUUGUUGCUAAUGGAAAUUUUUCA